GCUAUUUGUUAAGAGACUCUGCUUGAGGAGUUUUUGGAGACGCUCGUCGCUUGCAGCCGCCAUGGUUCACAGCAGCAGCAGCAUCUGCAGAGUUGCCCUGCUGGUACUCUUCAGCCUCCUGGUAGCCUUCGUCCAUGCAGACACUGUUUCAGACACUGCCCCAGCAACUAGGGACAACCAAGACACCGUGUCUGGAGAUGAGCCACCCAGCGACACCACCCCCAAAACCCAAUACUUAACAGACCAUCCUUCCACCAUCGACUAUGAUGAUGCCACAGAAGUUUUCAACGAAGAGGAAGGGGCCAUGGGGCCAGGGGCCAUCACAGCCAUAGUUAUAGCAGUCUUCCUGGGAGCAUCUGUCCUCCUCGCUCUCAUCGUCAUCACACUCAGGAAGUUCACCGCCUCCUAGAGGAAACACAUAUGAUUUGUGUGUGUGUGUGUGUGUGUGUGUGUGUGCAUGUGUGCGUGUGUGUUGGUAAACCAUGACUGUUUGUGUGCCAGUUUUUCUCUGUUGCUUCUCAGUUCCAUCUUUCAACUCCAGGCUCGACCUUUGUGUAAAACGUGUCUUUUGCUUUGCUGAAAAUUGUGGCAGGCUCCUUAUCUGACUAUUUGCAGAUUUCCUAAAUACUCAAAUUGUUGCUCAACACGUCCACUUGUUGCUGGCUGGCUCUUCCAGUGCAAUGCUGUAGCACAUUUGUCACUUGUGGGUUUUUUUUUUUUAAACAUGUUGUUUUCCAGUCAUUCAUGUUUCGCCUUUCUUCAAUACAUGAUUUUGCUUCUAUGUUAGCAGGAAGUGUUUGUGGUUAUGUUUGUCUGCGUCUUACUUUUCCAAUCAGUGAGAAAUAUAUUUGAAUUUUUUUUAGCAUGCAAGGUUUAUAUUGGUCUUUCUCAGUAACUGUACCUGAAUAAUUUUCAAAAAUAUUUCCGAGGUGUCGCCGUGCAAAAGUUUUCAAGUUUGUAUUAAACCAUUAACAAACAUUUGUAGAGUCAAAUUAAGAAGAGAACAUCUUUAAAAGGGGCUUUUUCAAUGAAAGUAAACAGACGUGUUGUUUGUACCUGCAGAGCAAAUAUGCAGUUAGUGCUUGGAUGAAUGUGCCUUUUGUCUUUGCAUGUUUGUGUGGGUUUUUUUGUCUCUCUUUUUUUGCAGGAGGAAAAUUAGUAUAGUAUAUUAUGAGAUAUUUUUCUGUACAACCCAGAGUCC